AUGGCAACUGAUGACGGUGGAAAUUCCGUGCGAAAGUUUAAAUUAGUCUUUCUAGGAGAACAGAGUGUUGGCAAAACAGCUCUGAUCACUCGAUUUAUGUACGAUAGUUUUGAUAAUACGUACCAGGCUACAAUUGGGAUUGAUUUUCUCUCGAAGACAAUGUAUCUCGAUGAUCGAACGAUUCGUUUACAGUUGUGGGAUACGGCGGGACAAGAAAGAUUUCGAAGUCUUAUUCCAAGCUAUAUUCGUGAUUCAUCUGCUGCAGUUGUUGUCUAUGAUGUCGCAAAUUCUCAUUCAUUUCAACAAACAUCCAAAUGGAUCGAUGAAGUCCGUGCGGAACGUGGCACCGAUGUUAUUAUAAUACUGGUGGGAAAUAAAACUGACUUAGUCGAUCGUAGACAAGUAUCCACCGAAGAUGGAGAGCUCAAAGCUAAAGAAUUAAAUGUCCUGUUCAUUGAGACCAGUGCAAAAGCAGGUUUUAAUGUUAAACAAUUAUUUCGACGAAUAGCUUCAGCUUUACCUGGCAUUGGUCCUGAUGAACCCGUAAAAGGACCAGUAAAUUUCGUGAAUAUCGAAUCGCCCAGCAAAACUGACAAACCAGCUGAUAAUAACGAAAGUUUCUGUCGUUGUUGA